AAUUAUGUUUUGUUUACAAUUUGCGAUUGCAAUAAACAAUAGCACAAGCAUUUGUUGCUAAUAACAUUUAUUUUUUUAAACAAUUUGGAGAUAGCUAGUAAAAAAAUGGAUCAAUAUCCUGAUGAAGAAGAGGAGUUUGAGCUUCGAUAUCAGGAGGAAUUGGAUAUGUUGGAGGAGUUGCCGCCUGAUGAAGUUGAGCUAUUUCCACCUACAGCACCAAAUAACUUCAAUAACACUGUAAAUACAGUAAAUGUGAUCGAUUCCGUUAAUUCGCCACAUUUAUCACAAAUCUCUAACGGCGGCGUUAGCACUGUUGGUGGUGUUGUCAAUAGGCGCCUUUUUGGCACACCACAGGCACCACACCAACGCAUUUCAUCAACUCCACUCGCCACCAACAAACAACAUGCAGCUCUGGCACCUAUAGCAGAGGUAAUAGAUUUAACACCUCUACCAGAAAGUGAACCAUUAGAAGAAUUCAAUGAACCUGCAGUAGAGCUGCAAGGCAUGGGUCUGCGUAACAAAAGACGUCUGGAACGUGAUCUCUUUGGUGAUAUUGAUGAUUUGUUUCAAAAUGAAACAUAUGAGGAUCCGAUUGCGAAGAAAGCACGCACUGAAGAGGAACGUGAUUUGGAUAUGAUUGAAAAAAUAUUACAAACACGUCGUCGCAUACAAGAAAAUAAUAAGGCAGUACGAAAGGAUGACUUGUCACGUUUGAAGGCGUUGCACGAAUUUAAAAUGCGUAACUUGUCAUACACUGUGCCCCAAUGGCCUUUCCAGGUGUUGAGAAGAAGUGAUCAAGAACGUAUUUUUGUACGUUUCCACUCAGAAGAGUAUGAAAAUCGUGCUUUGGAGGAAGUGCGUGCAUUGCCGCAAUAUGAUGGCCUACUGGGCGAACAUAAGCAACGUAUUUGGUCAGAAGCGAAUGAUAUUGUGUUGAAACGUGCAAGUACACCGUCCCAGCAACAGCAGGAGAAUGUAGUGGCACAACAGGUCUCAGCUGUUAGCACAACCAAUGCUGCGGCAGCAAAUGAUGAAGAAAAUCAAGAAGAAAUUUUAUGGGUAGAAAAAUAUAAGCCACGCAAAUACAUUGAUUUGCUCUCAGACGAGGCGACAAAUCGUAGCUUGCUCUAUUGGCUAAAAAUGUGGGACAAAAUUGUGUUUGGCAGGGAAUUCAAAAAGAAAGAUGAAAAUAAUUCAAAUAGCAACAACAACAAUUUGAACACAUUCAACAAACGCACCGGCAAAUUUGAAUCGAAUGGUGGUUGGCGUAAACGAAAAUUUCAAUCUAUGUUGGACACAAAUUUAGAUGAACAUGGUCGCCCUAUGCAAAAGGUCGCUUUACUUUGUGGGCCGCCUGGUUUGGGUAAAACGACACUGGCACAUACGAUAGCUCGACAUGCUGGUUAUGCAGUGCGUGAAAUAAAUGCAUCAGACGAUCGUAGUCCCGAAGCAUUCAAACAAGCCUUAGAAAAUGGCACACAAAUGUCAUCGGUAUUGAAUGAAGAUCGGCGUCCAAAUUGUAUUAUAUUAGAUGAAAUCGAUGGCGCACCACGUCAAUCAAUUGAAUUCCUCGUUAAAUUCGUAACGGACAAUGUGGUGAACAAGUCUAAGGCUAAAGCCAAGGCCAAAGCGGAGCGUAAUCUGCUCAAGCGGCCUAUCAUUUGUAUUUGUAAUGAUAUAUAUGAGCCAGCGUUGCGUCCAUUACGCCAAAUCGCUUUUGUUGUUACAUUUCCGCCCAUCGAAACGACGAGGUUGACGGAGAGGCUUUUGCAAAUAGCGCAAAUAGAGCGUUUAAAAACUGAUUUCAGUGCCUUGUACGCCAUGUCGGAGAAAUCGGGUAAUGAUGUACGUUGCUGCAUUUCAACAUUACAGUUUUUCAACGCCCAGAAGAAAGUUUUGACGCUGCAAGAUGUGCUCAGUGCGAAUUUGGGACAAAAAGACCGACAGCAAGGUCUCUUCGAUGUAUGGGGCGCAGUGUUUAGGAUACAACGUCCUCGCAAGCAAUUGGACAAAUCCAAGCUACAUGACAAUACAGAUAAUGUUGAGAUAACUAUGACCGACAUGUCGACUACUACACGCGUACGUAAUGUUUUGGAAGUUGUGCACGGUGGGGGUGAUUAUGAACGUCUCACUCAGGGUGUUUUUGAAAAUUAUCUACACCAGAAAAUGCCCGAUCCCAAUUUGACUGCUGUUGUAGAUGCUACAAAAUGGUUUAGUUUCACGGAUUUGGUGCAACAUCAAAUAAAUCACCUGCAGAACUAUUCAGUUUAUCCUUAUCUACAGUAUGGAUUCCCUGCAUGGCAUCUUAUGUUUGCGACACUCGCCUGGCCGAAAAUCAAUUUCCCCACAAAAGGUUUUGAGUUCAGACAGAAGCAUACGACACAAAGUAAUAUUUUUCAAGCUCUUCGUAAGGGUAUUACAACGGGCAUGAAUGGUCUUGGACAGGGUCAUGUCGUACUUAUAGAAACUGUGCCGUUACUUAAGCGUAUAUUAUCGCCACAAUUUCGUUCAGUUGCAGUGCAAUUACUGUCUCAGAGAGAACGUGAUGACCUCAAUCACACUGUUACUGUUAUGGCCGAUCUUGGUUUAACCUACACACAGAUAAAGGCGGCUGAGGGUUCAUACGUUUUUCAAAUGGAACCCGAUCUGGAUGCAUUGGCGCAAUUUCCAGGCUACCCAGGUAUCCAGCUGAAUUACUUCAGCCGCCAGUUAGUUGCACGUGAAGUCGAACUGGAACGUAUAAGACGUUCUACGCCACGCUUAGGUGUUGAAACGAGUACAGGCAAGGCAACUGCUAACAAUGCAGCAGCUGCUAAAAAGGAUGCCACAAAAAAUCUACCAAACCAUUUGCAACGUCUAAAAGCGAAGCAAAUCGAUAAUAAUAGAAAUGCAAAUGCGAAGAAAGAUGUUAUUUCGAAAGAUUUCUUUGGUCGCAUACAACAUAAAACAGUUGGUGGGCAUCGUGAUGAUUGUAAAACGGAUGCUAUUGUUAAAAGUCCAAUUUGGUAUCGCUAUAAAGAGGGUUUCAAUAAUGCUGUGCGCAAGGAUAUUCAUAUGAAUGAGUUGCUGUAGGGCACUUUGAUGGUGUUGAAAUGCUGAAAGAAUGUAAUCUUAAAAGGGUGACAACCUAACUAACGUUAUUUUGGUGUUCUUGUGAAAUUUUAUUAUUUUUACCUCUAUAAAUUAUUUAAUUG